ACCCUGGACAAAGUUCCUGAACCUCACUGAGCCUUAAUUUCCUCAUCUGUAUAAGGAUGCUGACGAUACUUGGAGUGCAUACCUCCCAAGGUUCUUUUGAGAGCCCAGUGAUAUAAUUUAUAUCAUAUGCUUUACCAGCUUUAAUGACUAUAACAUUCUGUCCGGACUAUUGCCCAUCUCUUUCAUUUGGGGGACUCAAAACCGCUGAGGCAGAGCAGCUCUAGGGUAGGGUGGAGUUGGCCACACCUGCAAAGCUUCUGAGUGAGGAACGGAAGCAACAGCAGACUGCCUCUCCCAGUGAUAGGCUCUCUCUGGGGCCCCUGCGGUUGGGGCCCUGGGCUUACUGAAUGCUUGAGUUCCCAGCAGUUUCCUCAUUUCCCUAAAUGGGCAAUUUCCCUUCCACAACUUCACCAUCCUAUUCACCAGACCCAGGUGGCAAGGCCCAGAGCUGGCUUUGGACGUUGAAUUCAGGACCCCAAGAUACCCAGGUCCCUGGGGGAGGGUUCAGAGGAGGCUGUGACCUCCCAAAGCUCCAUGGAGCCAGGGACCUGUCUCUGGUUGCUGCUACUUCUCUUGCUGCUGUUCUGUGUCUCAGACUCCCAGGCAGAGAAUGUAUAUACAAUGGUCCGUUACCGAGAAGGGGAGACACUGUCUGUUCAAUGCUCCUACACUGUCCGUUUGGAUAGAUGGGAGGGCAAGGUCUGGUGUAAGGUGAGAAGGAAGAAGUGUGACUCAGGGUUCAGUCGAGGCUCAGGCUUCAGCCCUCCAUACAAGCUUCAUGAUGACCCACAAUCUGGGCUCCUCACUGUCACUAUGGAAAGACUUCGGCACCAGGACUCUGGGAAAUACUGGUGUAUGCGGAACAAUUCACGCACCCUAUACCCUGUAAAAGGCAUUCAGCUGGUGGUCUUACGAGCACCUUCAACUGAGAAAAACACCCCAUUUACUACAAAGGAUACCUCCAUCCAGAAGCCAGACUACAUCUUGAGGAUUGCUGUCACCACGGGCCCACUGCUCGACAAGGUCAAGGACCUUCCCAUGAUUGCUCCUAUCACUACUUCUGUACCUGCCUCAGUGGGUAGGAUGCCUACUAACACAGCCACCAUUUCUUUAAUGGACACUGUGUCUAGAGUGACCAUGAGAUCCACACCAGUGACCAGAUCUGUAACCACUGCCAUGUUAAGGAUAACCACAAGACCCUCAGUAACUAAUGGAUCUCCUAGCAAGGCUUCAGUGAUGUUGGUCACAGUCAAGGCCAGAUCCUCUAGUACCAGAUCCACCACCACCAAAUCACACCUUGAGAAAUUACCUCCUAACAGUUUCUACAACUCUGGUCUUGCUGUUCCCAUGUUGUUGGGGGGAAGUUUCAUGAUCCUGAUGUUUUCAGUUGUAUUCUAUGUCCUAUGGAAAAAGAAACGCAUGGGAACGUAUUAUGUAUAAGAUGGUCCACUUUUACCCUGGUCCAAGGAGCCUGAAGAGCUGGAGCACUCAGAAGCAGGCUAAGUCUAAGUAGUCUGAGACUACGCGGUCCCAGUCACUGUGGAAGGAAGAUCCUUUUCCUGCUGGUCCUAUGGUGCUGGAAUCAGUGGAAAGGAAGAUGGCUAAUGAAGAUUGAUUCCAGGUCAAGUGGGAUGAGAAUCCAUCCUGGCUCCUGGGUUCAGAGAAUGACUGACUUUGUAGAAGGAUUUGGGUAACACUAGAGGGGUAUAUUUGCCUUUAGAAAAUAAAUAUUACACCCCUCCCAGAUUUGAAGGCAAGGGAUGAGAAAACUGGGUGUCCAACCCAUUCCAGAUGGGACAGAGGAAUAAAGUAACAAUCCAGAUAGCUUACUCAGUUUGGCAGAGGUCUGCUGUGACCUUUUGCAGGCAGGAGUCUAGAUUAGAUGCAUUAUGGAGAUCUUUUUCUAGCACUACCUUGAAGACAGGGGGAUUUUGCUCCCUCUCUUGGGUGGCAGAAUCUUCUAGGAGGGAUUUCAGAAUAGAGUAGUCUUUAGACAAUUCCCCCUAAGAUGGUACCAGAAGAAUCCAUUUUACUCUGCCCAUAAUGAGAGGUCCUAAUUAUAUAAAUCUUAAUGGGGUAGUAAGAAGGGGCUAAUAUGCCCAUUUUAUAAAUGAAAAACAAAAACAAAACCCAUGUUGUAACUUGUAUACCAUUUUGCAAGGGGAGAAAUUGGGGAAAUAUGGGAGUCUUGUUUACCUUUUCUCUCCUUUCUGUCGGAUAACUACGUUGUCUAAUCCUUUCAUCUUGAAUGCUAGCUUCAUGUAGUGUGUGUGUGUGUGUGUGUGUGUGUGUGUGUGUGUGUGUGUGUGUGUGUGUGUGUGUAUAGGUGGGAAGGGCAGAGCACCAGUAUUUGUGGACUCCCUUCUGGAGUUGUUUUCUUUUCUGAAAAAAAGGGGAGGUCUAAAAUCUCUCUUUGAGAAAUGAAAAUGUGUUGGGGUGUCUCCUGAGAAAGACUUUCUGAAGGGCUCCUUCAAUGGUCCUGUCCUCUCUGAGGGUAAUGAUCUAGCAGUCUUUAUAUUUCUACUCUCUUCCCUGACCUAAGACUGUUUUCUUGGUUUUAACCUGGGAAAGAAGAGUCACUUUCCUGUACUGUCCCCAGUUUCCUGGGGAUGGUGGUGGUAUAGGAUGGGCAAUUAUACUCUUUAAGCAUGUCAUUCAUUAUUUCCCUGCUCCUGACCACUCCUGGGAGGGCUUCAUUAUUGACAGAAGCAACUUUGGGAGCAUCAGAGUCGAUAACUGACUUUCCUUGCUUUAAGAUAUCUCCCCUCUCUUAGGGCUAUUGUAAAACUAAUGCCAGGGACCUCCACAGUCCACAAACAGGUUAUAGAUCAGAAUGAGGCUGUCCUAGCAUUUCCUUGUGCACCCUAUAACCGGGCAAGAUAAGGCCCAUGGUCCAAUUAGAUUUCAUUUUUUCAUUCAAGAAGUAUUUAUUAAUGAUGGCUAGCUUUUAUUAGUAAUUUAGCAUGAUAUUAUGUGCUCAGUACUGUGCUAUAAUGUCAGAUAUAGAAAGAAUUAUGGAUCCUGCCCUCUUUGAGCUUAUUAAAUAUACUUGACUUGCAGGGUUUCUUCAUCUGGGGUAUAUGAACUCAUUUGAUAAAAAAAAUCUUGAUGACUGUAUUUCAGUAUAAUUGGUUUCCUACGUAACUUGUGUUUUUUUGUGUGUGUUCAUCUAAAAAUUCUUAGAAUGUCUAUAGAGUUCAUCAGACUGCCAAAGGGGGUCCAUGACACAAUAAAAGGUUAAGAAUCCCCGACUAGAGAGACAGGAUACGUGCUGGUGAGAAAUAAGAGAAUAGCUCUAAGCUAACUAACUCAUCAACAUAGGAAUCCAGGGCAAAUUGAAUGACUUAAAGGGCACCCAAGAAGGUUAGUUAGAUCAGCAGCCAGAGACCUCAUUAAUCGGGUGCUGGUCACAGUUGAUAUUCUGACACUUGGUUAUCCCUGGGUGCCCUGCCCAUCCAAUGCUGGUUUCUUUGCUUUUGCUGAUAUCCAAGGGGAUAAGUAAGUAGAAUGACUUUCUGAAAAUUAUUAAUGCUUGGGGAUUGACUCCCUGCCCAUUCCCCAGGCUGGGAUGAUUACUCAAAAGAGAGAACAAAGGUCAUGUUCAGGUGCCAGAUGCUGGUAGACUUCAGCAUUCAGUCUCAAACAGUGUUUUUGCCCAUUUUUGUAAUUCUAGCACAUAGCACAGUGCUGUUGGCCUGGAAAUUAACCCACUUCCACCUGCAGAAUGAUGUAAAAAAUAUUUUUAUUGAUACAUUUCAUUAUUCACAUCAGUGAAAUUUCCAUUUUAUCUAUUUCUCUUCUCCAUUCCAGAGAACCAACAAAGAAAAAAUAAUUUAAAAAACCUUUACUUUCAGUCUUAGAAUCAAUCCUGUGUAUUGGUUCCAAGGCAGAAGAGCAGUAAGGACUAGGCAAUGGGGGUUAAGUGUCUUGCCCAGGGUCACACAGCCAGGAAGUGUCUGAGGUCACAUUUGAACCCAGGACCUCUCUUUUCUAGGCCUGGCUCUCAAUCCACUGAGCCACCCAAUUGACCCCUACCCCCAAUUUUUAAAGAAAAAAUAUGAAAAAAAAAACCUGAGCAAAACUGGACAAUAGACUGAGAAAAUAGCAAAGAUUGUGGAAAGCAGCACAACUAAUGUACCUUCUAUCUCUGCAAAGGAGUGGGGUGGGAUGGGGUGAUCUCAUAUCUCAUAUUUAGACUCAUGCUUUUCUUUGUAAGUUUUGUAGCAUUCAUUUUUUGCCAUAUUACUAUUUGUCUCUCUUUUUUAGCAUUCUCUUGCCUUUGUUUUGUAGUUGUUCUUUCCAUGUACAUUGUUGUAGUUCUUAUGCAUAUUUUCUUGGCUCUGCUUAUUUUACUCUGAAUCGGUUCAUAGAAACCUUCUUAUCCUUAUUAAUCUUAUUUACUAUUUCUUAUAGCACAGUAAUAGUUUAUUACCUUCAUGUGAAGGUUAGACUGGAGUGAGGGUCUAUAGCAGGCAGACCCAUUAGAAGUCUAUUGCAAUUUGACAUGUGACCCUGGGCAAGUUGCUUAACUCCAGUUCACUGGCCUUUACCACUCUUCUAUCUUGGAACCAACACUUAGUAUUGAUUCUAAGAUGAAAAGUAAGGGUUUUUAAAAGUAAAAUUUCUAUGUUCCAUUAAAGAAUCUCUCUUAACCUCAAUUGCCUAGUCCUUACCACUCUUCUGCUUUGGAACUGAUACUUAGUAUCAAUUCUAAAACAGAAGGUAAGAGUUUAUUUAUUUUUAAAAAAUCUGUAACUAUUUUAUUGGGGCAGCUAAGUGGCUCAGUGGAUAGAGCUAGGCUUGAAGACAGGAAGUCUUUGGGUGCAAAUCUGGCCUCAGACACUUCCUAGCUAUUUGACUCUGGGCAAGUCAUUUAAUCCCCCAUUGUCUAGUCUUUACCAAUUUUCUGCCUUGAAACCAAUAUUUAGUAUUGAUUUUAAAAUGGAAAGUAAAGAUUUUUAAAAGUAAAGUUUCUGGGGGUAGCUGAGUGGCUCAGUGGAUUGAGAGACAGGCCUAGAGACAGGAGGUCCUGGAUUCAAAUUUGACCUCAGACAUUUCCUAGCUGUGUGACCCUGAGCAAGUCACUUGACCCCCAUUGCCUAGCCCUUACCUCUCUUCUGCCUUGGAGCCAAUACACAGUUUUGAUUCCAAGAUGGAAGAUAAGCAUUUAAAAGGAAAAAAAAAGUAAAGUUUCUGUCUUCUAUUAAAGAAUAUCUCUCUAGCCCCCAUAGGAGCAUUCUUCAGUAAGAUGCCUUCCCAUCACUGAAUCAAGACUUUUCCCUUUCUCUCUUCUUGUUUCAGUCUCUUCAUUUGUGUUUGCAGUCAUUCUCAAGCCCUCUUUGAGACUUUUCUUUCCCUUUUUCUUCUCUUCUCUUCUCUUCUUUUUUUUUUAACCAUUGCUAGGAUACAUCACUUUCCCCUCUACCUUCUUCCUCCCAACUUCCCUUUCAGGUGCCCUCCCACUUUGCUAUUUAGCUGUGCACCCUGCCAUUCCCCCACAGAUGGAUAGGUUGUUGUGAGGUUUAGUACCUUGUGUUUCAAACCUGUUUCCCCACAAUUUGUUCUUCUAUUUAUAUCACACUUUCAGCCACAUUUUCAGGUGUACUAGGAAGAUGGUCCUUUAGAAAGAUGGUCCUAUCAAUGGUCCUUCUGUUCUUAUUUUGUUGUUGUUUUUAUCCUUAUAGGUAUCUUUUUUUCUUCCAGUUUUUCCCUUUAGGUCUGGUGAAUUUUUCUUCUAUUUCUAUCUCCCACCCCCAAUCCCAGACCAUUAACAUUCUGUCCCAGUUCCCUUUGCUUCUCAUUGUUGGGGGCAGCUAGAUGGCUCAGUGGAUAGAACACUGGGUCUGAAGUUGGAAAGAUUUGAGUUCAAAUUUGAUCUCAGACAUUUAUCUGUGCUAGUGUUCUUCCCCCCUAUAGACUAACAACAGUGAAGUUUUUAUUCUUCUUUUUUUUACUAAAAAUCUCCAGGAUGAUAAUAACCUUAAUUUCUUUAACCCACCUCCUCCAAAUUUUCCUCAAUACUUCCCACUCCUUAGCAAUUAAAUAUUCUGUGAGAUUUGCAUAGAGUUUUAGGUUAUAUAUUUCUACCUUUGAAAUGAUCUAUGGAUAAAUUAACUUCACCAAGUAGAUAGAAUGCUAGGCUUAGAGUCAAGAAGACCUAGAUUUGAAUCCUGAGUGUAUGACAACUAGCUAUGUAAGAAAGUUUUUUGACCUCUUAGUCUCAGUUUACUUAUCUGUUAAGUGUCAAAAACAAUAAUAUCUACCUCACAGGGUUAUUAGGAGGGUCAAAUGGAAUAAGAUAUAUAUAUAUAUAUGUGCCUUAUAACUGUCAGUUGUAAUUAUUGUUGAAAUACAAAUUAAAAUAUGUUUUUUAAAAUGUCUAAAUAAAAUAAAACCUG